AUGCGUUUCCUCGCAGAGAGCUGGCACGUCACCAGUGCCGGAAUGUUCGCAGCCUCUUGCAUAGGCGUCGCUUUCUUGGUCGUCAGCAUGGAACUGCUCCGCCGACUCGGGAAGGAAUACGACGCCUUUAUCCUCCGCCAAUUCCAGAAUCACAUCUCUUCUCGAUCCACGGAUCUCAAGUCUACUCCGAAUGCGUGCCAAACCUCGCCUUCCUUCGUGACCUUCCGGGCCACACCACUGCAACAGUUGAUUCGGUCUGCGCUGCACGCGGCUACGUUUGGCGUGGCUUACAUCGUCAUGUUGUUGGCAAUGUACUUCAACGGCUACAUCAUCAUCUCCAUCAUCAUCGGCGCAUUCAUUGGCAAAUUCUUGUGCGACUGGCUCGUUGUCAGAAUCCAAGUUGGUAGUGGCAGCGGACCUUCGAACCGCGGCAAUGACAAUGUCGUUGAAGAGGCUACAGUUUGCUGUGGAUAA